UUUAAUUUCUCCUGAAGAGAAAAAAAAAAGAUCAUCUUUCUUUUCGGUAGCCAAGGAGAUGGCAUCUGCAUUGUCCAAUUCAUUCAACGUCACUGAGUUUGUAGUGAACCAAGGAAAUGGCGUAAAGGGUCUAGCCGAUUUGGGCAUCGAAGCUGUACCACAACAAUAUAUCCAACCACUUCACCAGAGAUUCGACUCUUCCAUAACCAACACCCAACAUUCCACCAUACCCAUCAUAGAUUUCUCCAACUCGGACGAUCCUCAAGUCAAAGAAGCCAUCUGCGAAGCUGCAGCCAACUGGGGUUUCUUUCAAAUUGUAAACCAUGGCAUUCCGAUCGACAUUCUCCACGGCCUCAAGGCCUCCGUCCAUCGAUUUUUCGACUUACCAGUGCCGGAGAAGAGGAAAUAUCUGAAAGAUUCACCAUCGGAGAGUGUCCGAUUGGCAACGAGCUUCAGCCCGAGAGCGGAGCAGGUUUUGGAGUGGAAAGACUAUCUCAUGAUGCUCUAUGUCUCAGAGGAUGAGGCUUCCGCCUCUUGGCCUCCGGAAUGUAGGCAUGAAGCAAUAGAGUACAUGAAGAGAGCUGAAAUUGUGAUCAAAAGGCUAUUGCAAGUGCUACUAGACAAACUGAAUGUGAAGGAGAUUGAUAAAGAGAACGAACAUAUGCUAAUGGGGGCAAUGAGGCUCAACUUUAAUUACUAUCCCAAGUGUCCCAACCCAGAACUCACAGCAGGAGUUGGCCGCCACUCGGACAUAUCAACCAUCACUGUUCUCCUCCAAGACGACUCUGGUGGGCUCUUUGUUCACCGGGAAGGUGACAUAACUGACAGUUGGAUCCAUGUGCCGCCUGUGAAUGGUGCAUUGGUGAUCAACGUCGGCGAUGUGCUUCAGAUAAUGAGCAAUGAUCUAUACAAGAGCGUUGAGCAUCGGGCAGUGCCUAACAGGAACACGAGUAGGAUUUCAAUCCCUAUAUUUGUGAAUCCAGAGCCUGAGGCAUUAAUUGGACCUUUGCCACAAGUAUUGGAGAGUGGAGAGAGGCCUAUUUAUAAACAGGUUAAGUACUCGGAUUAUUUCAACCAUUUCUUCAGUAAGCCUCAUGAUGGGAAGAAGGCUAUUGAAUUCGCCAAGUUACAUGUUUGAGAAGAAGUUGGCAAACUCUGGAGAGUCCAUCCUUUCAAAUAGCUUGUCAUACAAAACAGUGAGAAAAGCUUCAGCCAUUAUCAACUUUGUUCUUGAUCUGGUAUUUCUCUGCUAUGUUGAUUGACCAACACCCUCUCUGUGUGAAAGAGUUUUGUUAUUUGUCAAAAGUUAUGCCUAAGAAGUUGUUGGCUUGGCUUAAUUAAUAGUUGUGUAAAGAAUGUGGAUGGCGAAAAUUAAUUGGUGUAUUGCUUUUAGAGUGUGCAAUUUUAUAAAGUCAGAUUCAUAAAUUGAGGUGAUUGUAGUUACAGAUAAUUGUGUUAUUAUUUUAUAGUUAUAGGAGGAGGAAUCUUAGUUCAUUGGCAU